AUGGUGUUACACACGCACGGCUCAGGUACCUUCAAGCGGUACACGCGCACGUUCUCGAAAGACGACCUGUGCGCGGUGGUGGCCAAGGCGGGCCCGCUGCCGGCGCACCUGCAGCUGGUGCGGCCGUUCUGCGCCUCCACGUGGGCCGCCGCCUCCGCCACGCUGCUCGCCGGGGGACUCGUCUGGCGGCUCCUCAGCAAGCAGCCGCAGGUGCCUGGGAGGCGGUCGCGGCAUCCGUGCUGCUUGUCGCUGCUGGAGGCGUGCGCCCCCUGCGUGGGGGCGUCGCUGCACCGGCCGCCCCCGCGCUGCGUCCCCAGGAUCUUCCUGGCCGCCUGGCUGCCCGCCGCCCUCGUACUCAGCACUGCCUUCCAGGGCGAGAUGGCGGGCUCGCUGGCGGUGGUGCGGUGGCAGCGUGACCCGGAGUCGCUGGAGCAGCUGCCGGCGGCCGGCCCUGCCUAUGUGUCGCGCAGCCUGCUGGCCCUCCUGUCCGCGGAGCCGGAGGACGCGCUCAGCCGCCUGCUGCGCCGCGCCCAGCCCGUCUCCGACGUCCACCGGGCGGCCCGGCGCAUCGCCAGCGAGGGCAGGGGCGUGAUCCUGCUGGACAGGUGGGAGGCGGAGCGGCUGGCGCGGUCCUCGGAGCACGCGACGGCGCUGGGGCUGCCGCGGCUUCACGUGCUGCGCCGCUGCCCCUACCAGAGCUACGUGGCCUACGAGGUGCCGCGCCGCUCCGCGCUGCUGCCGCGCCUCGACCGCGUGCUGUCGCGCGCCCUGCAGGCCGGCAUCCCGCAGCACUGGCGCGCCGGCAGCCGGUACGCGGAGCUGGUGCGCGGCGAGGCCGUGGCGCCGGUGAGGGAGCCGCCGCCCACGCCGCUGCGGCCGCAGCACCUCCAGGUCGCCUUCGGCCUGCUCGCGAUGGGCUGGGCCGCCGCCGCCGUCGCCUUUCUCGGGGAACUCGCAGUCGCCGCCUGCCGCUCUGCCGGGCGCGAGAGGCGGCGCCUCACACCGGCAGUCUUCAAAAUCUGA